AUGCAACAUAUGAGGAAACAGAAUCACAAGAGGAAGAUUGUUGUGAUGAGUGUUGCCGUUCCUGCACUAGAAGAGCCUGCAGUGACAGUGCUGCUAGUUUUGGCUUUUGCCCCUAAACAACCUCCAAAACUCGUGAUUGUAGGACGCCGAAAAAACGGCUCAGGAUUUUUGUGUGAUGACAGAGUAACCUGCAUCCCACCCUCUGACCUCUGUAAUGGAGCUCUGAACUGCCCCAGUGGAGCAGAUGAGGACCAACAUAUGUGUAGUGAUCUGCCGAACAACCUUCCGAAUAACCUUGUUUUCCGUUGUGGCAAUCCACGCUUCUGGAUCUUCACUGACCAAAAAUGUAACUUUAUUAACAAUUGUGGAGACUGCUCAGAUGAAAUUGGAAUUUAUUCAAGCUGUCCAUCCUGUGGAGCAGAGGGGUGGGCCUGUACACCUGUGGACUAUCAAUACUGUGACUGCAUACCCCGCAGUCUGUGUCAGGACGGUAGACAGCACUGUUUUGACUGGUCUGAUGAAUACAUGUGCAUCAAAGGAUAAUAUGCAAAGGUUUCCUCAAAUGAAUAAUUGGGCAACAUGCGUACCUAUACAGGGAUUUAAACCAUCCUGUAUAUAAUUAAUAAUAUAUACAAGGUCAAGAAAAGUAUGUGAACCUUUUGGAAUUUCGUGGUUUUCUGAAUAAAUUUGUCAUAAAAUGUGAUCUGAUCUUUAUCUAAGUCAAGGGUAUUGACAAACAUAAUGUGUCCGAAAAUAAUAACACAAAAAAAAAUUUGUUCUUUAAUGUCUUUAUUGAGAACAAUCAAAAAACUUAACAGUGCUUGUAGAAAAAGUAUGUGAACCCCUGAGUUAAUGACAUCAAAAAAGCUAAUUAAAGUCAGGUUUUAGGCCACUUGGAGUCUUGUUAAGAUAAAACGUUUGGAGGUGUGGACUACAGCUACUUUGACUGAUAAAAACCCCUCAAACUUUUGGAAUUGGCUCUGCACAAGAAGAACACACUUACAUGUGCCAUGACUUUUCAAAAAGAGCUUUCAGAGGAGCUACGAUCAAGAAUUGUUGCUUAACAUAAAGCUGGAAAGGGUUACAAAGUUGAUUUCACCAGUCUACAGUUAGGCAAAUAAUCUACAAAUGGAGACACUUUUGGGAUUGUUGCUACUCUACCAAAAAGUUGGCGCCAAGUCAAAAUGACACCAAGAGCACAACGAAGACUCAUCAAUGAGGUAAAGAAACAACCCCGAAUAACAGCCAAAGAUUUGAAGGCAUCAUUGGAACUUGCAAACAUCUCUGUUCAUGAGUCCACAAUACGUAAAACGCUGAACAAGCAGGGUAUCCACGACAGGACACCACAAAGGAAGCCACUGCUUACUAAAAAUAACAUUGCUGCACGCCUGAAGUUUGCAAAAAGAGCACAUUGACACUCCACAGCGAACUGGCAAAAUGUUUUGUGGCCUGAUUAAACUAAGAUUGAACUAUUUGGAAAAUAACACACAGCGCUACAUCUGGCGUAGAAAGGGCACGGCAUAUCAUCAUGAAAACAUCAUCCCAACUGUAAAGUAUGGUGGAGGAAACAUCAUGAUUUGGGCCUGGCCAGCUUGCAAUCAUUGAGGGGAAGAUGAAUUCCCAAGUAUAUCAGACAAUUCUUCAGGAUAAUGUGAGAAUGUCUGUACAUCAGCUGAAACUGUGGAGAAGGUGGGUGAUGCAACAGGACAACGACCCAAAACACCGCAGCAAGUCCACAACAGAAUGGCUUCAGAAAACAAAAUCCACCUUAUGGAGUGGCCAAGUCAGAGCCCAGACCUCAACCCAAUAGAGAUGCUAUGGAUUGACUUGAAGAGGGACAUACACAUGAUACAUCCAAAGUAUAUACAGAGCUAAAGCAGUUCUGCCAGGAAGAAUUAACUAAAAUUCCUCGUCAACAAUGUGCAGGUCUGAUCCACAGCUACAGGAAGUGCCUGGUUGAACUUAUUGCUGCCAAGGUGGUCAACCAGUUAUUAAUUCUAAGGGUUUGCUUACUUUUUCAGUGUUAUCUUGAAUGUUUAAUG